AUGCCGAGCCGGAGCUGCACUAGGUCCAGACUGCGCCAGCCCCGGCCCCGGGAGGACGCCAGCGCCAGCCCCACGGCAGAGACCUCACGGCACACACAGCUCAGCCAGGAGUACACCCGGGCCACACACCAGGAGAUGGAGAAGCUGAAGGCACAGUACCGCAGCUUGGCUCGUGACAGCGCCCAGGCCAAGCGCAAGUACCAGGAGGCCAUCAAAGACAAGGAGCGGGACAAGGCAAAGGAGAAAUACGUGCGCAGCCUCUGGAAGCUCUACGCCCUGCACAACCAGUACGUGCUGGCUGUGCAGGCAGCUGCACUGCACCACCACCACUACUACCAGCGGGCACUGCCUACCCUCCACCAGUCCCUCUACAGCCUGCAGCAGGAGAUGGUCCUUGUCCUGAAGGAGAUUCUUGGGGAGUACUACAGCAUCAGCAGCCUGGUGCAGGAGGAUGUGCUGGCCCUGCACCAGGAAAUUGCCAGUGCCAUCGAGGCCAUUGACCCCGCCACCGAAUACAGCAGCUUUAUCCAGACUCACAGCUGCCUCUGCACCCAGACCAAGCUGCAAGCACAGCGGGACCUGUUGGCCGGGAAGCUGGGGGAGCUGGGGGCUGGGGAGCCUCUACCCGCCCUGCCCCUCCCCGAGGACAGGCAAUCUGUCUCCUCCACGGAGCAGGAGCGGAGCGGGGCCACUGCGCUGGAGACCCUCAAGAACCACAUCUCGGGUAUCUUCAGCCCCAAGUUCUCAAGCAUGUACCGGCUGGAGGGGGAAGGCUUCCCCACCAUCCCGCUGCUCGUCGAGCACCUCCUGCAGAGCCAGCAGCCCAUCACCCGCAAGAGCGGGAUCGUCUUGGCCCGGGCUGUGCCCAAGGACAAGUGGGUGCUCAACCACGAGGAUGUACUGCUGGGGGAGCGCAUCGGCCGGGGUAACUUUGGGGAAGUGUUCAGUGGCCGCCUGCGUGCUGACAACACCCCCGUGGCUGUGAAAUCCUGCCGGGAAACCCUCCCCCCCGAAAUCAAAGCCAAGUUCCUGCAGGAAGCCAGGAUCCUCAAGCAGUACAAUCACCCCAACAUCGUCCGGCUGAUCGGAGUCUGCACCCAGAAGCAGCCCAUUUACAUCGUCAUGGAGCUGGUGCAGGGGGGGGACUUCCUGAGCUUCCUGCGCAGUGAGGGGCCCCACCUGCGGGUGAAGGACCUGAUCAAGAUGACGGAAAAUGCUGCAGCUGGCAUGGAGUACCUGGAGAGCAAGCACUGCAUCCACCGGGACCUGGCUGCUCGCAACUGCCUGGUGACAGAGAAGAAUGUCCUGAAGAUCAGUGACUUUGGGAUGUCGCGGGAGGAGGAGGAUGGCAUCUAUGCCUCCACAGGGGGCAUGAAGCAGAUCCCUGUCAAGUGGACUGCCCCUGAAGCACUCAAUUACGGCCGGUACAGCUCUGAGAGCGAUGUCUGGAGCUUCGGGAUCCUGCUGUGGGAAGCCUUCAGCCUGGGCGCUGUCCCCUAUGCCAACCUCAGCAACCAGCAGACGCGAGAGGCGGUGGAGCAGGGCGUGCGACUGGACCCCCCCGAGCAGUGUCCCGAGGAGGUGUACCGCCUGAUGCAGCGCUGCUGGGAGUACGACCCCCGCAAGCGGCCCACCUUCAGCACC